ACACUACCCAAAGCAGUCCUUCACCACCGUGGCCGACACACCUGAGAACCUGCGUCUGAAGCAGCAAAGUGAACUGCAGAGCCAGGUCAAGUACAAAAAAGAUUUCGAAGAAAGCAAAGGGAGGGGCUUCAGCAUCGUCACAGACACUCCUGAACUGCAGAGGCUGAAGAGGACCCAGGAGCAAAUCAGUAACGUAGGUGCUGCUUCCUCUCUGAUGUGGUGGUUCUGAGGUGGUGGUCCUGGAUGGGAAUGUGAGAGGAGAUGGCUGGGAAGCGUAUCUGUUGCUAUGGUAUCUGAGCAGUAUCCAUCUACUCUUAAAACAUGCCAGUUUUACCUGUGAAAUCCUGCCCUCUGGUUUCAUCAGUUACUCGCAGCCCAACAGUUGUCAUAGAACAGUAUCUUUUUUGUGUGUUUUGAAUGG